AAAGUCAAAUUGACUGUUCAAAUAAGAAAGGGAAAAAAUCGUCGCUGUAAUUUUAAUUUUGAUUUAACCUAUUUAUUCAAGGGUUAAAUAAGAAGCUAAAAUGGAUGACGAUUUACCUACCGACUUCCAGGUGAUUGUCGUUGGGACAGGGAUGGUAGAGUCCAUUGUAGCUGCAGCAUGCAGCAGAAUAGGCAAGAAUGUUCUUCAUUUGGACUCUAGUGAUCAUUAUGGUGGAUUAUGGGCUUCUUAUAAUUUUGAUGGACUUCAGAAAUUUAUUAAAGAAGUCAAUUCUGAUCCUAAAAGACAACUACAAGUUUACAAUUUGUCUGAAAAAUGGUAUAUUGAAAAAGAUUCUCCACAAGAAAAACAAGAGGAUGAUGAAAACAAGACUGAAGAUAGUAAAUCAGAACCUUCCAAGAAGGUGUGGAGUCAGGCCAGCUUUGCUACUGAAUAUAGGAAGUUCAAUAUUGAUAUGACACCUAAGCUAUUAUUCUCCCGAGGCCCAUUGGUGGAAUUGUUAAUCUCUUCAAACAUUGCGCGCUAUGCUGAGUUUCGAUGUGUUACACGUGUGUUGACGUGGCUUAACGACAAGCUUAUGCCUGUGCCAUGUUCCCGCGCUGAUGUGUUCGCCACCGAGGCGGUCAGCAUUGUGGAGAAACGCAUGCUUAUGAAAAUGCUCACCUCUAUUGUCGGAUAUAAUGAGGAAGAAAUGAACAAUGAGUUUAAGGACUGGAAUGACAAGACUUUUAAGGAAUAUCUGGAGCACAAAGGACUGACACCCAAUUUAAUCCAUUACGUCUUAUUCGCGAUCGCCGGCGGCACCAAUAAAAUGCCUUGUUUGGAGGGCGUGAAAGAGUGCAAGAAAUUCCUCAUGAGUCUCGGCCGCUAUGGCAACACUCCUUUUCUGUGGCCCAUGUAUGGCAGUGGUGAGCUACCACAAUGCUUUUGCAGAUUAUGUGCCGUGUUCGGCGGAGUAUACUGCCUAAACCGACCAAUCGAUAAAGUCGCAACUAAAACCGUCGACGAAGGCAAGACCGUCGUUACCAUCGACAGCAAAUCGAAGACUCUAAAUUGCGAUCAUCUAGUGAUCGGCAUCAACGAGUGCCCAAAAGAGAUGAUAUCGCCAGAACCCGCGGAAAGUUGCGACAUCUCCAAAGCAGUGUUCAUAACUAAUGGUUCUAUCAUGAAGAGUGAAAAAGAACCAUUGACGUUGCUUCGUUUCCCACCUCUUACUGACGAAGAUAACACAGUGACCGUGUUGGAAGUUGGUCCUGCCACUGGAUCAUGCCCCAAAGGACUAUUUGUGGUGUAUUUUAUAACAAAAAAAGUCAAGACUGCUGAGAGUGAUCUUAAACCAUACGCAGAGAGGAUUUUCGACAUGAGUGGCGGGGACCAAUUAGAGGCAUCUGAGAAACCAAAGUGCCUUUGGUCGUUGUUCUACAACGUGCGCGACACGAGUGCGCCCGUUAGCGGCGCGGCCGACAGCGUGCACGUGUGCUGCGGGCCCGACGCUGGACUGGACUUCGACCGCGCCGUCGAACAGGCUGAGCAAAUCUUCAAGAAGAUUUGCCCAGGCGAAGAGUUUUUGCCGCGCGCCCCUGAUCCAGAGGAGAUAGUGUUCGAGGACGAAGUACCGCGCGGGCCGGAGUUCCGCGGCGACGAUGCUGACGCGGAGCCCCAGCAGUAGGAGCUCUCCACUCACAUAACCCAGUGCGUUUGAACGUAUACUAGUUCUUUUAUAUUUUAUUAAAAAUAAAACAAUUCGUUUCAGUAGUUUCUGAGAUCAUAGAGUUCAAUCAAACAAUGAAACUCUAUAUAAUUAGUAUAGAUUUAAACCAUUACAUUAUUAUACAGUGACGGACUAAGGGAAAGGGGUCGGUCCACCUCGGGACCCGGUCCUGGGGGGCCUAAAAAUGUAUUUUUUGGUGGGAGGAGGGGGGGGAGGCAAUAUAAAGUUUCUGUCCCUGUUGGAAAAGUUGUCAAUCCGGGCCUAUUGCCGCCUAGUUAUUAGGUUAGUCCGCCACAACUUUACUGCUUUAUAUUAAUGUUUAAUAUAUUCGUUUCUCUCUCUUUUAUUAUUGAACAUGCAUUUUUGAUACAUUAUUUAGCUUGUUUUUAUGGUAUAUGAAAUGUGAUUACAGCCUAUUUACUUUGAAUGAUAAUAAGUAGGUAUUUAUUUUCAAUAAAAAAGUUGUGCUUGACCCCAAAUGUAAUACUUGAAUAAUUACGCUAUAUGAAACGGAUACUGACACUAAAUAUUUGUAUCGUUUAGUUGUCAAAAAUUAUGGAAUGAGGCUAUUUACUUUUUUUAAGUGUAAAAUAAAAUAUGCCAAGAACAACUAUAUGUACUUAGAGUAGGGAUUCAAAGUAAUUGGGCAAUGGGAGUUUGUGAUAUCAGUUUAUUUUCGAAUUUGGAAAUCCCAAUAUAAACU